CCACGGGAUUUCUUCCAUCUCUUUCCAGCCCCGGAUCCUUCGGGAUUCUCCCGCUCCGGGAUCACUCCCGGUGUUCCCAACAUUCCCAAGGGAUGGAUCCCGGCAAAGAAAAGCAGGAAUCUCCCUCCUCUCUUGGAGAGCGGGAAAAGAACGGGACGGAGGAUGGGAAAAGGGAAUUCCCACUGGGAAUGUUGGCCCACCUGGAAAUGCUGGAAUUCCGGGCGCACCGGGAAGCGGUGGAGCAGGAGGAGAAGGAAAGGCGGGAAGAGAAGUCGGCUUUCCUAAACUCCAAAAUCCGGGAAUUGCGGCUCCAGCGGGAUCAGCUCCGGGAAAAACUGGAGCUGCUGGAAAAGGCGCUUGGAAAAGAGGGAAUUCCCUCGGAUCCGGCUCUUCCCGACCCUCGGGAGGUGCUGGAGUGGAAAAUCAGGAAUCUCCGGGAGCUGCUCCAGGUUUUCCAGCUCACAGGGGUCAGCGGGAAGCUCUCCAAGCACGGCAUCUCCUUCUCCUUCCACACGGCCUUCGAGGGCUCCUUCCUGGAUCGCUUCCACCUGGAGCUGCUCGUGCGGCCGGAAUCCCGGGAAUUCCGCAUCCAGCGCCAUUCCAUCCCCCCCUUCAUCCCUCUGGAGCAGCUGGCCCGGAAAUUCCUGCCCUCGGAUCUCCGGGGAUUCCUGGAUGUCCUUUUCCAGCACCUCAACGCCUUCGUGGGGAGGAGGCACCAGCUGGAGCAAUUCCAGGAGCAGUUUUCCGAGUGGAUCCAAGGAAUUCCCCAUCGGAAUUCCCUGUGCAACCUCCUGAGCUUCCAGUACGGAAUUCCCGGGAAAAGCGGCGGCGCCUCCUUCCGGGCGCGGCUCCUCUACGCCGAUCCCUGCCGGAGCCUCCCUUCGGAAGUCGCCGUCUCCGGCUCCGCGGCGGCGGCGGCCUCGGCUCACGCGGAGCUGUUCCGGCGCCGGGCGCUGCCCCGAGCCUUCCGAGCCCUCGGAUCCGCGGAUUGGAGCUCCUGAGCGGCCGCCGGAAUUGCCGGAGAGGCGGAAAAGCCGGGAAUGGCCGGGGGCAG